AUGGGCUAAUUAUAAAACAGCAUAGGCUAACCCUGGUGGCCCGUACAAACCAAAAAGAUUACAAACCAAAGAAACAAUCAGUAGCUUUGUUAGGGUUUUCUCUCUUCAAUCCUCUCUCCUCCAUUGUUUGGGUGACCCAGAAAACGUUUACGAAAACGAUGUACGGAUCAGGCUACGCUUCGGGUUAUGGCUCUGGCUACGCUUCUAGAGGGGCAAUGUUGGGAAGCGGGGGGGUUUCGGACGGGUACGAGGUCGGCUCAAAGAGACAACGAAUGAUGGAAUCAAAUCCCUACUUCGCAGUGGGAAGCGGUCAAGCAGGAUACCCGCCUUACAACUAUGGAAGCAACUUUCAGCCUUCUGGAUUUCCGGUGGUGCGCCUCAGAGGUCUUCCUUACAACUGCACUGAUAUUGACAUCCUUAAGUUCUUUGCUGCCCUGGACAUUGUUGAUGUCUUGUUGGUCAACAAGAAUGGGAGAUUCACGGGGGAGGCAUUUGUGGUGCUUGCCUCAGCAGUUCAGGCUGACCUUGCCCUGAACAGAGAUCGACAGAACAUGGGUCGUAGAUAUGUGGAAGUUUUCAGAUGUAAGAAGCAGGACUAUUACAAUGCUGUUGCUGGAGAAGUGAAGUAUGAAGGAAUCUAUGACAAUGACCGCCCGAACUCUCCACCAGGUCGAUCCAGGAGGUCUGCGGACAAGGACCAAUUGGAGUACACUGAGAUCCUCAGGAUGCGUGGUCUUCCUUUCUCUGUAACCAAGGCAGACAUACUGAAAUUCUUUGGGGAUUUUAAGGUGGCAGAGAAUAAAAUCCACAUAGCAAGCCGAGCAGAUGGGAAGGCUACUGGAGAAGCAUAUGUUGAGUUUUCAUCCUCUAACGAGGCUAAGAGUGCCAUGUGUAAGGAUAAGAUGACAAUUGGUUCACGAUAUGUAGAGCUUUUUCCUGCAACACCUGAAGAAGCAAGGCGAGCUGAGUCAAGAUCAAGGCAAUGAGGAGUAUACUGUAGUUAAGAGUUUCAGUUGCUUUUUCAGUUGCUAGAUUGAGUUUACUGUUUUGGUUUUAUCAUCACUUAUAGAAUUGUACUUUGCGAGUUUGUUAGUAUAGACCUUAAAAUUGUCAGUUACUCUAGGUUUUCUGCAUCAUAAUACAAGGUUUCAAAACUUAUGAUUUGUGUUUA